AUGAGAUACUCGCCAAUCUUCUAUCAAUUACUUUGCUUCCUAUUGUUUCUAAGUUAUCAAGCUACUCUUUCAUCCUCUUCUUCCUCUUCAGCUACACAAUUGUGCUCUCAUGACCAAAGUGCUGCCUUGAUCCAAUUCAAAGCCCUCUUCUCCAUCAACAAAACUGCUUCCAAAGAUUGUGAAAUUAGAUCUUAUCCUAAGACCAACUCAUGGAAGGAGAGUAUAGAUUGCUGCUUAUGGGAUGGAGUCAGUUGUGACAACAUCACCGGUCAAGUAAUCAGCCUUGACCUAAGUUGCAGCUGGCUUUCUGGCGCACUCCCUUCAAACAGCAGCCUCUUCCUCCUUUCACACUUGCAAAGGCUCGACUUAUCUUUCAAUGAUUUUAAGAAAUCCAAAAUUUCAUCCAAGUUUGGUCUCUUUGCAAGCUUAACACACCUCGACCUUUCCCGUUCUUGGUUUUCCGGCCGAGUUCCCUAUGAAAUCUCUUAUCUAUCCAAAUUAGUUUCCCUGGAUCUUUCCUCCGCUUCAUAUAUUGAUCUUAUCUCUCAAGCAGAUGAAUCAGUUCUGAAACUUGAGCAAUCCACUCUAAAUGGAAUUGUUCGGAAUCUAACAGAGGUAAGAGACAUUUCUUUUGAUGGAAUAGACAUGUCAUCGGUUGAUCCUAACUCCUUCAUGAAUCUAUCCUAUUCUCUCACAUCUGUUAGUCUCACUGGUUGUGAUUUACGUGGAACAUUUCCAGAGAACAGUUUCAAUCUUCCCAAAAUCAAGUACAUCACAUUGGAUAGCAAUCCUAGUCUCACUGGUCAGUUUCCAAAAUCUAAUUGGAGUAGUCCUCUUGAGCUUUUGACUGCAUCUGCUACGUCUUUGUCUGGGGAAUUGCCUGAAUCGAUUGGCAAUCUAAAGUCAUUACAGGGUUUGGGUCUUGUUGGUUGUAACUUUUCGGGAUCAAUUCCAAGAUCACUAGGAAAUCUAUCUGACCUUAGUUUUUUAUUCCUUCCAUAUAACAAUUUUAGUGGUACGAUUCCAUCUUCACUGACAAACCUCACACAACUGAGACUUCUUCAGAUUUGUUGUAAUCGAUUAAAAGGUUCCAUUCCUGAUUACCCAAAUGCAUUUCCAAAUCUAGGCUUUUUAGAUUUAUCUGAUAACUUACUUGGCAGUACAACCCCAUCUUGGCUUUAUACUCAUCCAAGUUUAAAUUUUUUAAAUCUUGGAAACAACCAGUUCAUUGGUCAUAUCAAUGAAUUCCAACAAAGUUUUUUGGAUUAUAUAAAUUUCAAAAAUAACAACUUUCAAGGAACUAUUCCUAGCUCGAUAUCGAAACUUGUGGAUCUUAGUUUUCUUGAUUUAUCCUCAAAUAGUCUAAAUGGUACAAUAAGUUUGGACAUGUUCUCAAAGCUUCAAAAUCUCACCUGGCUUGGGCUUUCAUCUAAUACCCUAUCGCUAAUAAGCUCCAACAGCAAAGUCAAUUUUGUUUUGCCUAAUCUUGAGUAUGUGAAUUUAUCGUUUUGCAACAUCAGUGAAUUUCCUAAUUUUUUAAAAGGGUCAAAAGUUUUGAAAAGUUUAGACCUUUCCAACAAUAGAAUUUAUGACAAAAUUUCCAAAUUUUCAUGGAAAAAUAUUGAGUUUCUUGACCUCCGUUCCAAUUUAAUUCAAGGUGAUCUACCAAUACUACCCCACAAUGUCAGAUUCUUUUCAGUUUCAAACAACAAUUUGAUGGGAGAAAUUUCUGGUGUAUGCAAUAUGAAGUUUCUUGAGAUUCUCGAUCUGUCCCAUAAUAACUUCAGUGGAAUCAUCCCACAAUGUAUUGGAAGCUUUAGUAAAAGUCUUUCAUUGUUGAAUUUGAAGAAGAAUAAGUUCCAUGGAAUCGUUCCCCCAACAUUUGCAAGAGGAUGUGGAUUGAAGAAUCUAAACUUGAAUAGCAAUCAUUUGGGAGGGCCACUGACUCGAUCAAUCAGCAAUUGCAAAGACUUGGAAGUGCUAGAUCUUGGCAACAACAAGAUAAACGAUACUUUUCCUCAUUGGAUCGUAGCACUAUCAGAGUUGCAAGUGCUUGUACUACAUUCCAAUAAAUUCCAAGGUUCGAUAGGUGCUUCUAAAAAUCCGCAAUCUCUUCCAAAAUUGCGAAUCAUUGAUCUCUCCCAAAAUAACUUUUUUGGUCCUUUACCAACAAGUUAUAUGAAACAUUUUAAAGGAAUGAUGAAGCUUGACGAGGGCAAAGCUGUGCGCUACAUGGGGGAAAGAAAUUACUCAUACGAUUACUCUGUUGCUGUAGUCGUAAAAGGGUUGGAGAUUGAAUUGGUUAAGAUUUUAACUAUAUUCACAACCAUUGAUCUCUCUGGAAACAACUUUGAAGGAGAGAUUCCAAGAGUUAUUGGCGAGCUUAGCUCACUCCGAGGACUUAACCUAUCUCAUAACAAUCUCGUUGGUCACGUCCCACCGUCCCUUGGAAAUUUGAGUCAACUUGAAUGGUUAGAUCUUUCGUCUAAUAAGUUGGAUGGGCAAAUUCCAAGAGAGCUGGUAGAUUUGACAUUUCUUUCCUUCUUCAACGUUUCCAAUAAUCAACUUGUUGGACCUAUACCACAAGGCAAGCAGUUCAACACUUUUGAAAAUGAUUCAUACGAAGGAAAUAAGGGAUUGUGUGGACUUCCACUCUCUAUAGCUUGCAGCAGUAAUGAGCCGCGACAACCACCACCAUCGAUGAACUCGCACAAUGAGGAUGGCUCAAAGUUCGAAUUUGGAUGGGAAGUGGUUUUGAUUGGUUAUGGAUUUGGAUUCAUAUUUGGAGUGUCUAUGGGAUAUGUCGCUUUUCGAGCGAGAAACCCAAAUGGGUGCUGGGAUUUUCUUUUGUUUGACGUUUGGAAGGGCUUAGGUAGGGGUGAUGUUAUGUUUCUGGGAAGGGUAUUGUUGGCUUGUAUGCUUGAGCUUUUCUUGUAUCCAGGCAUGGUGAUUGGGUAUGUGAUGACCAAGGUCUGUUACACCCCAAAUAGGUGA